CUUGCGAGCUUUCAAGCGCAGAGCUUCCGCUCACUCGUCGUUUUGCAUCAGUCGCGGACACUUUGCGCUUUCGCGGUAGUGGGUGUACCUUCCGAGCGCGUACGCGUACGUGUCGCUGGUGAUGGUCGUGCGUCCUUCUUCCGGUUCGUGUGCGAGCGACUGAUCGAUGCGUGGCGGACGCGAGAUCGACGACGCGCCGCCGGUCGUUGCGCACGAUCGAUCGAUCAGGAUCAUCGCGAGGAUGCUGCUGGCGGAACUUUUUCGGAGCGGCCAUCGAUCGCCCUGCUCGUAGCUUCAUCCCGCUGAGAUCUCGCCGGGAGCGAGAGAGCGGCGAAGCGUUUUUCGGCUUCGGGUCCGUUGGAUUAUCCUGGCCGGAGUGCCCUUCAGCGAUAUGGGAUAGUAGUGGAGGACGACGCGCGGCAGUGCUUUGGUUGAUUGGGAUUUCGUGUAAACGUUACGGGAGGGAGAGACACGGAGUGAGGGCUCGGAUUCUUUGCGUUUUACCAUUUCAUGCGCCUAGGUUUAACAGUCGGGGAAACAUUCGUCGACGACGACCCGACGACGACGACGACGGGACGCUUUGAUCCUACGUGGUUGAUGCCUCGUUACGGAUUAAUCGUGUGGGAUUAGAGGUCGUUGCUUCGAGGGCAACGGCACGGCGCGGCGCGGCGGCGGCACGGCGGAUUCUGUACACGCGAUAUAUGCGAAAUCGAUAAAGAAUCAAUUCUUCAUAGGGAUCUCUCUCUCAUCCCUCCCCUGCCCCGGUCUUUCUUUUUACAUGCUAGCGUGGAUUUUACGGCCCGCACAGUGGCAUUGUUCCGGAGAGAGAUAUCUCAUUAAAUAAUUUGCUGUUUGCGCGGCGCGCUAAUUUCGGCUUUAUUCUAUUCAGGCGCGUUUUCAAGCGCUUCUCCGGUAAUUCCAAUUACUAGUGCAUUCGAAUUAAGUUUGCUUUAAUUUGUCGACUGCUUUGAAUUACUCGGCACAUUAGUUAACACUAAAUGCAUAUUGAUAACGAUCGGUGCGUAUGUAACGCUAUUAAUGAAAAUAAUCACGGUGCGCGGUUACGUGCUGUUCCGUAAAAAGAUUGUGAAAGGUUUGAAUUGACGCGGAUAAGCGAAUAAUUAAUUAAUACGCUGAGUGGGAACAUUGUCGUACGGGUUAUCAUUGAAAAUAGUGAAUAUGCACGAAAGAUACUUGAAACUCUCGUAAAAUAAUAUAAUCAGCGGUCUUCAUUUCCCGGUACAUUUCGAGGGGGUUUCUAUCAUUUUUAAUAAAAUACAUAAAAAUUUCGUCAUGCCGAAUGAGCGUGAAUAGAAGAAUGAUCGAAGACAAAACGAAACAUUUCUCUUUUCAACGGGAAUAUUUUGUUCUCGGCCAUUCAGAGUCAUUUCAUUUCAAAGGGAAAAUACAAUCCUUCUCCUUUUCGCAUGAAUUUGUACUGCUCUUCUGCUCCUAUGCGGAAGUCCAAAAUACUAUUUUAAAAUUCCCACCGCGCUGCGCCCCCUAAUCUGAAAAUAUAAUUCAUCGCGUAAUUCAUCAUCGAAACAAGGUCAGAAUGCAUUUCGCGAGUAUGCAGAUUAAUGACGACUUCCGAGAGAGAGAGAGAGAGAGAGAGGAACAUUCCCGUUACGACGACAUGAAAUAGUAACGCGCGAAACGAGGACGAGCGUGUUUUACUCAUCGCGCCGAAAAAUCACUUUCAAUUUGCCAAUUGCGUACUUUUUUCUAAUUCGUAAUUCGCGGAGCUGGCGGUCAAUCUCGUGUUUUUAACGAUCGCGCGGGGUCGUACAACAUUGCCGAGGGAGAAGGCUGCGAUCGCGUCAACGUCAACGUAUGUCCAUACGUACGUCCGGUGUUUUAUGUUGUGUAAACUGUGCGAACGAAACGAGAGAAUUUAUCCACACGGUAGGAUGAAACGCGUGUUCAUUAGAGCGUGUUCCGUUAUGAAAAUAGGAGGAAAGAUCGCGCCCGUGCCGUGUCCGGCACCCGUUUCGCACGCACGAUUUCACCUCUGCGUGUGUGUGGUAGGCGUGCGAGCGAGACGCGAGGCGCGAGCACGGUCUACACGGCAAUUGAAUUUCGCGACGGCUCGAUAAUUCGCAAUUAAACCAUCUAUUCGACAUUGUUGUAGAGUGAAUGGGCUCGCGCGUAUGCACGAAAUAGGCCGCGACCGAUAGCCAAUAAAAAGCGCUUCCGUUUAUAGGUAGCUGGAAACUCGCGGCGAUUGUGCAAUACUUGAUUGUGUUGGAUGGUAAUAUUACAGCCGGUAAUCUAGCCCGUAAUAACGCGUACGCUCUACGCCUUUGUGCUCGCCCGAGGUGUUUCAAUAUCGUGUCUUGAUUUAAGAAUUUCGAGGCUGCACUGUGUGCGCGCGCGCUGCUCUCGACGCUCCGUGUGUCCCCCGAGCCCUUGUUUUUAUCCCUCACGAAACGAACGCGCGCGCGAUCUAUCACCGCCGCGCGAACGGAGAUCUAGCGAACGUAACGAGUCUUAAUUGCAGCGACGUACAUUACACACCGGUAUUGAUUAAUGUCUCGCCCGAUAUCGCGCAGCUCCCGGGCUCGCACUUUGGACCGCACGCAACAAGGAUAGCGGAUCGAUUGUUAGGUGUUUUUAAUGUUGGAUUCGGCUCUCGCUUCGGCGAGAGUUACUGUAUAUUUUACGCGCGUAUUUAUUUACGCAGGCUGGUUACAUCGACGCCAUUUGUCAGGGACAUUGAAAAGUAUGCGCCCCCGAGGCCGACGACGCCGCGACCCACCUGUGUGUCCCGAUUCGUGCGCGCGCGGUCAUCGCGCGGUAUAAAAUGUCGACUGAAUUGUGGUGAUGUGCUGCGGGGAUGAACGUGAUGAUAAGUCGCGCCGAAGAGACAGCGUGUCAGUGACAGAGCCGGUGUUAGUGCGGAGUGCAUAGCGGCGAGCGGCUACAUUUGCAUCCCAUCUCGCUGCCUAGGCAUUGUUAAUCCGAAAACGCGUCGUCUUUUCGGACUUGGUGGUAGUUCCGAGACAGUGUUAGCAAGUACGAAGUGUGUCUGCAACUUCCGCGCGACUGCCUUACCCUCCUCGGCUUCGGAAAUUGGUGGUGACGAACGAACUCGUGGGAAAGGAACUCGCGGAGCCACCCUGCGCGCGGAAAGCCAGUGAGGCACGAAAGUGGCGGCGGCGCUCAUGGGCUCCGAGGAAUCCGGAAGACAAGGCGCGAUUUAUUUACACGCGGCGAACGCAAACGCGACAAUCGCAGCGCGUGGAAGACGCAAAAUUCCAAUUCGCAUUCCAGCCAGGACGAUCGUGCCAUGGAAAAAUGACGGAAGUGUCCGCCCCACGUACGAUCCACGCGGGCGUCCCUUUGCUGUCAGGAAAUCCUUCCGCGAUAUCAUCCAGCCGAGCGAUUCCGACCGUGCGCCGUAAUAAGAAAUCGACAGUGACGAAAAUCAAAGUGACAUCCGAAUGACGCCGGCGAAGCUCAACGGCGGCGAGCGAAGGAACGCGGAAUCCGUCCUCUCUAGGCAAUAGUCGCGACGCGGUGAGAUCUAGUCAUGCAGCCGCGACGAUCGAAUCUACGAGACUCGAGAACGAAGCGCGUGCGAAGAAAACUUUACGACAAAAUCCCGCCCGCUCGCGAGGCGCUCGCGAGUCCUCGCCAAUCGUGUUCCGGGGUUAUCUGAGAGGCCUCUCGCUCUGUUAUCGCGAAGCAUGACACCGCGGAAGCGGGACACGCUCGAUCGUGGUGAACGGAUGCGGAACGCGUACGAGCGACCAUCAUCAGUGACCUCGCGAACAUUCGCUCGCGAAGUGGAAGCUACGCUGGUGUGAUGCUUUCCGCGCGAAAGCCGAAGAGGAAGCGCGACAUCGCGAAUUCGUUGUCGUGACCGCCAGGCCACAGGUAACGCGAUCUCCGCCAGCGAGUAGAAGAUUCGCCCAGCCUGAAGCGCGAUCCUGCGAAGCGCGCAGCUCCGGCGAAUGUGUGCAUGCGCCGACGUGGCCGGCGACGGAUGCAAAGCUGACGGCGAGAGAAUUCGAUGACUCUGUAGGCAGGAACACGAGAGAGGAUGGAGAAGGACAACGUCAGGCCUACUUACAGGGCUUACGAGGGCUUUAAGCCGGCGAACAACGGCAACACCUCGUCCCUGAAGAGGUCGACGUCGGAACGCUCCAAGACGCAUCCAUCUCGUCAAGUGAGGUGUCUGUGCUUCGGCGGCGUGCCGGACAAGGCCAGCCAGCACUCUUUCUUGAAGGGGUUUGCCAUAAACCUCGGGAUAUGCGCCCUUCUGGUGGCCUACACCCUGUUGGGCAGCUUCAUCUUCUUAGCGAUCGAGGGCGGGGCCGAGGUUGGCCCGCAGCAGAGGACUCUCGCUACCACGAUAGCCGGGAAUCAGCAUACCAGGAGAAACAGCACCGCUUGGUUAAAGCAGCUUAAUCACGAGGCCCGGGCGAAGACCGUGGAGAACAUAUGGGUAAUCACGGAGAGUUUGAACAUUCUCUACCGUGAGAACUGGACGAGGCUGGCUGCUCAGGAGAUCGCGCGGUUUCAGGACCAACUAGUGAAAAGGAUCACGGAGGACAUGAUGGCGACCCAAAAUGCCGGGACGUACACCGGGAGUUCCCCCAGCGAAACCGUAACGGAGCGCCGUGUGCCGGAGUACGAAUGGAACUUCGCUAAGGCCUUCCUCUAUUCUCUGACUGUGCUCACCACCAUCGGAUGCGGGAGUAUCGCGCCGAGAUCCACCUGGGGGAAAGUCGCCACCAUGGGCUACGCCAGUCUCGGGAUACCUUUGACCUUGGUCUACUUAUCCAGCGCAGGUGGACUGUUGUCGAGAUGUGCCCGAGGUGUCUUCACGCGAGCUCUUUGCUGCUGCCUCUGCUCGAAUUGCGGCUACUGCUGCUACGACGAGAGGCGAAUGCAGGAGAAAGAGCGGCGAAUGAGAAAGAAACGGCAACAGGAGGAGCUGGCGCAGCAGCAGCAGCAGCAGCAGCUACAACUGCAGGAACCCUUUUACGUUCGCGCGAAUGCAUCGACGUUUACAAGCACCGUGGAAAUUAAGGCCAGCCCGAAGGACGAAGUAUCGAGCCUCGGCUCGGGUGACAGACCCAACGUUACCAUAUUCGCGCCGAUUAGUAUUUGCCUUGGCGCGAUGCUGUGCUACAUCGUCGCCGGGGCAUUCACUCUACACAAAUUGGACGGCUGGUCAUUCGUAGACGCGAGCUAUUUCUGCUUCAUGAGCCUGAGCACUAUCGGUUUCGGCGACAUGGUGCCUGGUUCUUACCCCCGACACACCCUCGCCGACUCAAGAAACGUGACGGUCUGGUUUUGCUCUUGCUACAUAAUGUCAGGAAUGGCUCUGACAGCGAUGUGCUUCAACAUUCUGCACGACGAGAUCGUCCAUCGACUAAGUCACCAGCCGGACAAGCCGGAGCCGGUGAAGCCGAGCGCGUCUGUGGACGAGCUAUCGACGGACCCCUUCGCGCUGACCUCGUGACAAUUUCCGUCGGGCAAUCUGUGCCACAGGAACGGCACCGACGAGAAUAAUAUAUGUGGCACGGAACCACCCACCAAUAUAUUCGCUCACGAGAACGAGAUCAACAUCCUGAAGGACACCUUCAAUCAAGUGGAUGUCACUAGAGACUGCAAGCCGAUCCUGAAGCUCGAAGAUCAUGUUCCGCCGUUAUCAGCCGUUUAUAUGUUGCCCAAAGUGGACGAAGAGGCUGAGGAAAAUACGGAAAUGUAAAACUUCGGCGUGCCUCGGCUGGAGGCCGGAUCGGGUUCAAUCAACUAGGGAUUAUCUAACAGCAUUUUUACGGAUCGUAACCAGAUGAAUAGGUAUAUGUAACACGUUGUAUAUGCUAAACCAUACUGUCAAACCGCGACGAUGAUAAGAUGUUUUGUUGAAUUUGUCAUUAAAGUUGGAUCUACAGUUCCUACAACAGAAAACGUAAUGAUUUGGACGGAAAUGUAGAAAGGUAGAUACAUCCAAGUUUCUUUUUCUAUCGAAAAACAAAAAGAGAGGAAAAAGAGAAUGUAGUUUCAGAGGAGUU